AUGGAUUUCAGUCGUGAAAAGCCUGUGACUUUGUUUUCCAACGAAGGGAAUCUAGGCCAGUGUGACAAUGCCCUCCGAGCUGCAAUUAAUGGGAGUUUGUCGAUUGGAGCAAGCGCAGGAGAUGGAGCUGUUCUGAUAUCCUUUAAGGAUGUGCCUCCUCUUGCUAUAAAGGAGGAGGUUAAGAAGGUGUUCAAGAUAUGCGAUACAAUAGGAUGCACUUAUUCGGGGCUUCAACCUGACUGCAGAAUACAGGUUAACAUGGGAUGCCGGAUAGCGGAAGAGUACUACGACGUGUAUGGAAGAUAUCCUGAUGUAGAUGUAUUUACUGCACACUUCUCUUCCGUUGUGCAAGAGUACACACAGAAGAGUGGAUACCGUCCAUUUGGAACGCUUAUGAUAUUUGCAGGUCCUGUGAAAGGGGUUCCAAGACUAUACCAGGUAGAUCCCAGUGGGUCUUACCAAACGGCAGAUGUAUGUUCUUCUGGGAUGGGAUAUAGCGAAGCGAAGAAGUUUGUUAAGAGAAGGCUGGAGAGUCUUGAUGACAACAUGGUCAACUGUGUGUCCUCUGUGAGGGAAUUUGCGGGGAAAGAAGUGGGUCCUGAGGAUAUUGACAUAGGAGUGUAUUACAAGGACAAGAAUGUAUUUAAGACAUUCACUCUUGAUGAAGUUAAGGAAGUGUUCGACUCUCUGGGCAAGAACUAA